GUUUCUGUCUCAAUCCCAGUUCAAGGUCAACAUUAGCACCCAGCAAGCAUUUACCCCCGCCGGCCGAACCUCCACCUCCACCUGCCACCGGAGAGACGUCAUGGCCGACCCCGACCUCCGAUCUCCGACAUCGACAACACACUCACCAUGUCCUGGCUCAGCUCUCCGCCAUCCAAGCCUGAUGCGGCACUGUCGUCUGAUUUCACUGAGCCGAGCGCUGAGGGUGCGCUUGGUAUGGACACCCUCCACGACGCCGCAGCCCCCACCGCGCCGCCCCAACCCAAGAUCCGGUCAAUGGACGACCUGCGCCGCCUGAACCGCCGCGCCACGCAAGAGGGGAUGUAUGCUGGCGUGUUGGGCGGCGGAGUGAUGGCGUUCAUCGGCAAGCGCUUGGGACUAAGCAAGAAUGGCCUCGUGCUGACCUUCAUCUUGGGCGGCACAGGCAUCUCCUUUCUGACCACGCGUACGAUCAUCAACUCCUCGUUGGGGGAACAUUAUGCGCAGCUGCGAGCGGCGCAAGCUGCGCGGACAGGCAAUUUGCUGGGGGACGGCGCGGUGGGUGACGCGAGGCCGGUCGAGCUCGAGGAGCGAGUUGACGCACGCGCGCAGCUCGCGCGAGACCUCAGCGCCAUUGGAGGCCCGCGCGAGCGAACACGCUGGACAAAGGGCCGCGGGCUCGACGGCGAGGUCGAGGAGGAGGCCGAGCUGCGGGAUACAUACCACCGACCCGGGGUGCCGCGGAACAUCUGAUGCAUCAUCAUGCUUUGAGGCACGGCUCGAUCGUCGCCUCUGAGCUACUG